AUGGCGGCCGAAGUAAUACAGAAAUUAUCACUCGAGGACAAAGUCUCCUUGCUCGCAGGCGCCUCGUACUGGCGCACGGCUAGUCUACCAGAAUACGGAAUAAAAGCAAUCAAAACGAGCGAUGGUCCGAACGGCGUCAGGGGCGAAUCCAUUCACGCGUCCACAAAAGCUUCAUGCUUUCCAUGCGCGGCAUGUGUUGGCUCGACGUUCAACUCUGAACUCGUGUUUCAGAUCGGCCAAGCAAUUGGUAAGGAAUGCAAGGUGAAAAAUGUUGGGAUGCUCCUCGCUCCAACAAUCAAUCUCCAUCGGUCUCCUCUGGGUGGCCGAAACUUUGAAGCAUACUCGGAAGAUCCAACACUUUCCGGGCUCCUCGGUGCAGCAUUUGUGAAUGGAGUGCAGUCAGAAGGCGUGUCGGCUUGUCCCAAGCAUUUUUUGGGAAACGAGUGUGAGACCGAACGCAAGAAAUCCAACACUGUGGUAGAUGAAAAGACUCUGAGAGAGCUAUAUGCCUACUCUUUUCAAGUACUUUUGAGCAAGUCGGCUCCUUGGGCAAUAAUGACAGCAUAUAACAAGGUCAAUGGUACAUUCAUGUCCGAGCAUGAGAAACUUAUCCAGGAAUUGUUGAGAAACGAGUGGCGGUUUGAUGGAAUUGUUAUUUCCGACUUUGAAGGCGUCUACUCUACUGUCCCUCCUGUCACCGCGGGCGUUGCCUUAGAGUUACCAGGACCCGCACGAUUUCGUGGCGAAUACCUUCUGAAAGCCGUGAAAGAAGGAAAUAUUUGUGAAUCGCACAUUGACUCCCUUGCUGCCGACGUUAUCAAGCUUGCGGCUAAGGUUGGUUCGGACGAGAAUACCAGCCCCGAGAGAGACAUCACAAGAGAGGAAACCCCAGCAGAGCUGUUACGAUCAGCGGCUUCAGAAGGAAUUGUGCUGCUAAAAAAUCACGAGAAUUUGUUGCCGCUUUCAACCUCUUCGCCUCUCAAGAUAGCUGUGUUUGGAUCUCCUGCCUCACAACCGGUGAUACACGGCGGAGGAAGUGCGUCUAUGACUCCGACAUAUUGCAUUUCCCCAAUUGAAGCUCUGCGGCGAAAAUUUGUCAACGCGGACAUCCAAUACCAUUUAGGAGUUCCCAUUUUCAAGAAGAUACCUUCCGCUAGUCUUGAUGUGAUGACUGCUCCGAGCACUGGGAAACCUGGCGUCGAUUGCUAUUGGUACAAUGGCUCGGAAUUUUCCAACGAUAAUCUUAUCCACCACGAAAUCCUAGAGCGAACACGGACAUUAGUCAUUGAUAACCGGAUCAAAGAUUUGUCUCCGCAGCACUGCAGUCGUAUGCGCUUCGUCCUCAAACCCCGAACCAGCGGCACUCACACGUUUGGCAUUUCUGCAUGUGGUAGAACUUCUAUCCGGGUUGAUGGUCGAACCAUAUUGCAACAUGAUGGAUUCACCGAUGUGCGAGUUGAAUACAUUAUGCAGCCAGGCGAUUUUGAAGUGCGCGCGACAAUCGAAAUGGAAGCGGGCCACGAAUACGAAGUCAUCAUCGAUGCAUUCUCGACUCUUGCGCCCUCGCCCUCGCCAGUCUUCACAAUGGCACCGCAAGCAACGCAGGUGGGUUUCAGCGAAAACCUGCCUUCGUGUAUUACACCUGAAAUUUCUGCGCUGGCUGAUCAAUGUGAUAUUGCUCUGAUCUUUACCGCAAACAACAAAGAGUACGAGUCAGAGUCUUUCGAUCGUCAGUCCAUGGACUUGUCCCCCCUACAGAAUGACUUGAUCAGCACUGUGGCACAAGCAGCACCCAAGAGCAUACUCUUCAACCAGACUGGAUCCCCCAUAAACAUGAUGCCAUGGAUUGAUCAUGUAGACGCCAUAUUCCAAUGCUGGUUCGCAGGACAAGAAGUUGGAAACGCGCUCGCUGAUCUUUUGAGCGGCGACUGCAACCCUUCGGGCAAGCUUCCAGUGACAUUCUCGCGACGAAUUGAGGAUUCUCCAUCCUUUGGGAAUUUCCCGACGGACGAAGAAUUGCAGGUGCAUUAUAGGGAAGGGCUGAAAAUGGGAUACCGUGCGCGCCAACAUCCCACGCCUUUGUUUGCUUUUGGACAUGGUUUAUCAUACACUCAGUUUGAGUUUGGUGACUUCCAUGUCGAUAUUGAGUCACCGAUCGAUGUUUGUGUGGUGGUAAACGUGAUCAAUGUAGGGGCGGUUGCUGGGCAUGAGGUGGUUCAGGUGUAUGUGGACGGAGUACUCAAGGGGUUUGCCAAGGUUUAUUUGACACCGGGAGAGAAUAAAGAUGUCCGGGUGUUUCUGGAUAAAUAUGCUUUCAGUGAAUGGGACUUCAUGGUUGGAUCUUGGGUGGUGAAUAGUCGCGGUUAUGAGAUUGAUAUUCGUUGGAAUGCAAAUACCGUCAUUUCGUCGGUUACACAUUUCAUAGAUCAAUAUAGCACUUGGCGUGGCUUAUAG